AGUUUGGAAAAGUGAAUGAAUAAUCAAUCAAUCAACCCAACCCAUCAACCAAACUUCAAAAAGACAGGACUUCAAGAGAACCAAAGAAUUUAAACAAAGAGCAAAAAGUGGAGAAAGAUUUGGAUUGAAGGCCACUACUUUCCCCAAAUUUCUCCCAAUUCUUCCUCAAUAUACACAACUCAUCAUUCAAACUCCUUCUUCCUCAAUCCAUCAAAACUCAUCAAUCAAUCAAUCAUUUCAACCAAUCAAUCAUGUCCUGUUCAUCCUCAUCGGCAUCUGAAGACGAUGAGGACUUCGAUUCCUACCGCAAAGGAGGCUACCACGCCGUCCGAGUCGGCGAUUCGUUCGCCUCCGGUCGGUUUAUCGCCCAACGGAAGCUCGGUUGGGGCCAGUUCUCCACCGUUUGGCUUGCGUACGAUACACAAACAUCUAAAUAUGUUGCACUCAAGAUCCAGAAGAGUGCACCUGAAUUCGUGCAAGCGGCACUCCAUGAGAUUGAGAUUUUAUCUGCACUUACGGAAAACGACCCUAAGAAUGAGAAAUGUGUUGUGCAAUUAGUGGAUCAUUUUAAACACAGGGGUCCGAACGGGCAGCAUUUAUGUAUGGUGCUUGAGUUUCUUGGUGAUAGUAUAUUGCAUCUCAUCAGAUAUAACCGUUACAAAGGGCUUAACUUGUAUAAAGUAAGGGAGGUGUGCAAAUGCAUAUUGAUAGGACUUGAUUAUAUACACAGAGAACUUCGGAUAAUACAUACAGAUUUAAAGCCCGAAAAUAUACUUCUUAUGUCUACUGUAAAUCCGUCGAAAGACCCUAUUAGAUCAAACACGGCCCCUAUUCUUGAACGGCCGGAGGGAAGUUUGGCCGGUGGAGGAGCGGUUAAUGUGAUUGAAAAGAAACUGAAGCAGAGAGCGAGAAGAGCAGUGGCUAAAAUCGCAGCUGAAAGACGAGGUAUGAUAGGAGGUUGUGCACCAGAAGUGAAACCUGAAAGAUGCCUUGAUGGUAUUGAUUUUAGGUGUAAGAUUGUGGAUUUGGGAAAUGCGUGUUGGGCUGAUAAACCGAUUGCGGAAGAAAUUCAAACGAGACAGUAUCGAGCCCCUGAAGUUAUACUACAAUCUGGGUACUCGUUCCCGGUUGAUAUGUGGUCAUUUGCUUGCACUGCUUUUGAACUCGCUACUGGGGAAAUGAUGUUUGCUCCGAAGCCAGGACCAGGUUUCAGUGAAGACGAGGACCACCUUGCUCUAAUGAUGGAACUUCUAGGAAAGAUGCCUAAGAAGAUAGCCACUGGAGGAGGUCGAUCCAAAGAUUACUUUGAUAGACACGGUGACCUUAAAAGGAUCCGUAGACUCAAACACUCAUCACUGAGUCGUUUACUCAUUGACAAAUUCAAGUAUUCCGAAACUGAUGCUCGUGAAUUUGCGGAGUUCUUGAAUCCUAUUCUUGAUUUUGAUCCCGAGAAACGACCAACGGCACAGCAGUGUUUGCAACACCCUUGGCUCUGCCAAACUGCCGCCAAGACGGCGGCCGAAAAAAGUAAUAGCUGACAUGGUUGAAUUUUGGGAUGAUGAUUAUGGUGGGUAAGUAAAGAAGUGAUUAGAAGUUGUUUUUUGUUGCAGCUUGUUGCCCCAUUUCUUCCCACCUGUGUUUUGUUUACAUAUUUUGUUUGUGAAAUUGAAUAAUAUCUGAUUAUGUUUUGAAUUAACUACGAUGUAAUAUAGACGUAUAUAGUUUACAUAUAUAAUUUGAUAGUGAAGUGAUUGGGGUUUUGUGUUAACCCUUAUCGAGAA